AUGUACUCCUUCCUAAAGGCACUAGUACAGGACUUUGUGUGUUUUGUUUUUACGUGUGCAUCUGCUUUCUGCCUGACUCUGGGUCUGUAUGAGCUGCUGGCGGCCCUGCCAUCCCAGCUGCAGCCUCAUGUCAACUGCUCUGAAGACAACACCUUCCUUCAGGAUAUGUUUGGAGAGAGAAGUCUCCACUCACUUGUUAAGAUCCACGAACGGCUGCAGCACUAUGAGGAGAGCAAGCCCGCCCCUGUCCUGGAAGGAGCUGCACCUCUGGCACGUGACGUGUCUGAUGAGCUGGAAGGCAAAUCAGCCAGUCAGGAUGUCAAAGAGCUUCUUAAACUGCUGGCAAACCCACAUGUAAAGAGCCUCCUGUCCGUCCACGACGCAGUUGCCCAAAAGAAGUAUGACCCCGAACUACCUCCGCUGCCUGAAGACAUCGAUGACGAUGAAGAUUCUGUGAAAAUUAUAAGAUUGGUCAAGAACAAGGAGCCACUGGGAGCAACAAUAAGACGUGAUGAGAGCACAGGUGCCAUCAUUGUGGCCCGGAUCAUGAAGGGAGGGCCAGCUGACAGAAGUGGCUUAAUUCAUGUAGGGGACGAACUGAAGGAGGUCAAUGGAAUCCCUGUGGACGACAAGAAACCAGAGGAAAUCAUUCGUAUUCUGGCACAGUCACAAGGAGCCAUUACCUUUAAAGUUGUCCCUGGUGCAAAGGACGAGGCAUCUAUCAAGGAGCCACAGAUGUUUGUGAAGGCGCUCUUUGACUACGACCCAAAAGAUGACAACACCAUCCCAUGUAAGGAAGCUGGUUUGGCCUUCAAGAAGGGUUGCAUCCUACAGAUCAUGAGCCAAGAUGAUGCAACCUGGUGGCAGGCCAAACACGAGGGCGACACAAAUCCUCGUGCUGGCUUAAUACCAUCCAAACAGUUCCAGGAGAGGAGACUUGCAUUUCAGCAACCUGUUACGACUCUUUCGUCCCUAAGGAGGUCUACUAGACGAUCAUUGACUGCACCACAGACAUGUACCGCAGAUUGUGUAUCACUAGAUGAUGUGACAGUAGAGUUUGCUGAAGAGAUUGAAGAGGAUGCUGAUUAUAGUGGUGGAUUUCACCUAGCUGGGUUCAGGAGAAGCUUUCGCCUCAGCAGGAGAGACAGAAAGACCACCAAGUCCAUGUACGAGGCGAAGAAGAGUGAAAUGUACGACAUGGCUGACGUGCCCACGUACGAGGAAGUCGUCCCGUACCGCAGGCAAAGGGGAGACAAACACAGGCUGGUGGUGCUAGUAGGACCCACGGGUGUCGGCUUGAGUGAACUGAAGAAGAAACUGUUGAUCUCUGACCCCCAGCACUUCAGUGUGACCAUUCCACACACCAGUCGACCCAAGAAGAACCAGGAGACCGAUGGUGUGGAUUACCACUUCAUCUCCAAGCAGCUCUUUGAGACGGACAUCCAAAACAACAAGUUCAUUGAGCAUGGCGAGUACAAAGGGAAUUUCUACGGCACAAGUCUGGACUCGAUACGUUCAAUCCUCUCAAAGAAGAAAGUGUGCCUGCUGGAUGUCCAGCCUCAUCUAAUAAAGCAUCUUCGAACAGCUGAGUUUAAACCUUUCGUUGUGUUCGUGAAGCCCCCGACCGUCGACAGACUGAGAGAGACCAGAAAGAAAACCCAAACUAUAUCAGGCAAAGACGACAAGGACUCCACCAAACCCUUCACGGAGGAAGACUUUCAGGAGAUGGUGAACACGGCCCAGACAAUGGAGACUCAGUACAGCCAUCUCUUUGAGAUGGUUAUAGUCAACGACAACCUCGAUGUUGCCUUCAGCGAGCUGCAGUUGGCACUAAAGAAAGUGGAGACAGAGACACACUGGAUUCCAGUCAGCUGGACUCACUCCUGAGAGACAUACUGACUGUAAAAGGAGAAAAGGGAAGCGCUUUGACAAAAAUAUGCAGGUUUUCUAUCUUUUAAAAAAAAUAUUUGCCAGGGACGGUGUUGGGAAGUAAAUCAGGAAUAAAACAGUGCCUGGCUGCUGUGUCGCCAUACCUGAACUGCAUCGAGCUAAAAAUAAGCUUCUGCCUGGGAUCAGGUUGGAUUUAGACCUCAGCUGUGGUCUGGAAGCUCCAGGUCUGACCAGAUGUGAUCGGGUUGUGGCUGCAGGCUUCUUUCCGGAAUCUAAGACUUUGACAUUGAUCAGGGUCUCAGUCUGGGUCACACAUCCAUGGCCACAACUUGGAGCGCCUUGGUCCAAACCGGAACGUGGAGCGAGCUUGGAGCAUCGUAGCACCAGCAGUCCUGCCAGCACAUCAGUAAACCGGCCAAACAGGACUCCUUUAGUGGUUUUAUAACAUUAGACCAUUAGAAACCAAAGGGAUUGAUGUAUUUCUUCUUCGUGGACAACUUACAUGUGUUUGUCUGUAAAAGAGCACAGCACCAGGGAAAAGAGGAGAAAGGAAAACAUACUUGCCUUCUGUCUUACUAGACUUUUGUACAUCUAAAAUCUUCCAUGACUGUUAUUCCAAGCAAAACACUGUCAGGUACACUUUUGAGAAAGGGCAAUAAGUGUAAUUUUAUUUAAAAGAAAUUAAUAUAUUUUCUAAUAUCUGCUUGUAGUCCUUUUUAUGCAUUUUAUAUACAUUUAUGACUUUAAUAUGAUCUUAGCUGUAGCCAUCUCUGUGACAGCCUCUUUUUACUAGAAGCAUUUUUUUCUCUCAAUCUAGCAUUUUUUUGUUCGUCACCCUAGUUUAGUUUUUUGGCUCUGUCAGCUCUACUUGGCUCUAUUUGGCUCUAUUAUCAGCACUGCUACAAUUCUCCUAGCUCCAGAUUUUGCUCUCUUGUUGAUUCUGGGACAAGCUGACCUCCUUUAAAUUAAGGGGAGACUAUAAUUCCAGCUACAUUUUUAUUCACCAGAAUUCACACAAAAACAAUCCAUAUUUUAUUUAUUUAUGCUUUGGGCUGUUGUUUUGGGCUGUUUUUUAACUUCCUGCUCCUUAAAAGUAUACUUUCUUCUGAUUGGUUGCCCCUCACCUAGCCUCUGCAAACAGAAACUAGUGCUCGUAUGCACUGCCUCCCAGAGAUGACCUUUUGCAUUUUUUGCAUAUUUAGCAGUGUUUAAUAUCUGCUUAGUAUAUGACAAAAUACAAGCCAAUGGAUAAGUUGUCCUUUAUACAUGGAGGUAGAGCGCAAGGAUAGUUGGAGACUGGAAACAAUUAGGAGGAGCUAGCCUAUGUCUGCUAGUCUUUCUGAACUUGUGAUUUUAGUACAUUGUUCAUCCCUAUUAAUAACAGUUAGUUCAUAUUGAAUUCAUCUCUUAAUUUCUGUGCUUGCUCGGCUGAUUGCCUCCGAUCUCUAGCUGCAUUUAAAACUCUAAGAGUGCUAUCAGUCUUCCAAAGUCUCAGUAAAAAAAAGCAUUAAGCAUAUUAUCCAAACUGUCUAAAUGAUUCCUUAAACUCUAUAUUUAUUCUUUUUUUUCUUUACUCUAAGAAUACUCUCUUACUCUGCUGAAUGUCCAGCUCAGGUUGUAUGUUUCCAAAUUGUGCAUCAUUUAUUUCUCCCUUUCCACCAACUGUGACAUAUACAAACUUGAUUUGUGUCCUUUUUUUUAAGUGUAAGCAUGAUUGGUUAUACUGCUCUGAUGUAAUAUGAUUUAAAUGUCUUUAACACUCUUGUCUGCCAUACUUUGUCCCAACAUUUUUUUGUCUUUUUGUUUAUUCAGUUUUUCUACCUCCCCACCCCCCUGCUGCCCAUCUUACAGAUCAAAGUCACAUUUGUACAGUCUCCAGAAAAUACCUUUUUAUGUCUCCCUGUAGUGAUAUACUCUUUAAGUGGCACAUUGUAUGAAUUUACAUUAUUCUUGAUAACUGCUGCAUUUUUUAUUAAAGAAAAUACGACUAAA